AUGAGUCAGAAAGAUGCAAACAAAGUGGUAACGGUUGUUGCCUACUUGUGUCAAGGUGACAAGUCAAAGGAAAUAUCGUACACGGAUGCCAAAGUCAUCGGAAACGGAUCAUUUGGCGUUGUGUAUCAAGCUAGACUCCUUGAGACUGAUGAAAUAGUCGCUGUUAAAAAGGUUCUUCAGGAUAGGAGAUUCAAGAAUCGAGAAUUGCAAAUUAUGCGUCAACUGGACCAUCCAAAUAUUGUGCAGUUAAAGUACUUCUUUCACUCUGUGGGUGAUAGAAAAGAUGAUGUUUAUUUAAAUUUGGUCCUUGAAUUUAUUCCGGAAACCGUUUAUCGUGUUGCCCGAAGAUAUGCCCGUCAAAAAGAAACAAUUCCUCUUUUAUUUGUAAAGCUAUAUAUGUACCAACUUUUCCGAAGUUUGGCUUACAUACAUCAUAAAGGUAUUUGUCAUCGAGAUAUAAAACCCCAAAAUUUACUUUUAAAUCCAGCAACAGCUGUUUUGAAAUUAUGUGAUUUCGGAAGUGCAAAGGUUUUAGUUCGCGGUGAACCUAACGUUUCUUACAUAUGUUCUCGUUAUUACCGGGCUCCUGAAUUGAUAUUUGGUGCUGUGGAUUACACAUGUCAGAUUGAUAUUUGGUCAGCUGGUUGUGUACUUGCUGAACUUUUGUUAGGUCAGCCAAUUUUUCCUGGAGAAAGCGGUGUGGACCAGCUUGUUGAAAUUAUCAAGGUUUUAGGUACUCCUUCCCGCGAACAAAUUCACGAAAUGAAUCCUGACUAUCGAGAAUUUAAAUUUCCACAGAUUAAACCCCAUCUCUGGUCAAAAGUUUUUCGUCCUCGUGUUCCAUCGGAAGCAAUUCAGUUGGUGUCACAGUUACUUGACUACACACCCUCAAAACGUUUAGAACCGUUAGAUGCUUGUUUACAUUGCUUUUUUGAUGAGUUAAGACAAGAAGGAACUAGACUUCCCAAUGACAGACCUCUACCUCCAUUAUUUAAUUUGACACCCUACGAAAUGACUAUGCGAGAUGAUAUGUACAAAUUUCUCCCACCUUCUCGAACAUCCGGAGGAGCUGGGGUAUCAGAGUCAAGUUUACCACCUACUUCAGAUCUUUCAAUGGUAGAACAACCACAACCGCAUCAUAUAGCAGACACUGUUGAUCGCACAGGACAAAAUCACAAUCCCUCUACAUCGGAAGGGAGUAAAUUAUCGGAUUCAGAAAUUCGAUUAGCCGUUGUAGCUCCAUCUCAUAGUUCGGAUAACAUACAACUCAUAUCAAAUAACAGUAACAACAAUGAUAAUAGCAACAAUAUUGAUAUACCUCAUCAAUUGAAAGAUUCCUGCCAUGAAGAGUUAGAAUCCAGGAAUAUUCAAGGUGUCAAUAGUUAA